GGACUGGUUAGCAGCUACACACCGAAAGGAUGCCCUCACUUGCGACAGCAGGCAGGGGUGGCACGGGCAGCGUAGUAUGGUAGGGCAACGAACCCGGAGAGGGAGAGGAUGGUCUCAAAGCAGGUGCACUCGAAGAUCGGUUGAGCACAGCGGCUGCAGUUGGUUUCGCUUGCAUCGUCGCGGCCCGACGACGAUUCAAACAACACACGAUGGAUUAGCAUGCGUGCCUGGCGGUCGUGGUGAUGGCCUCAUCAGACGGGCUACCCUACAUACAUUGACCUUGAGCGGCGGCCAGCGAGAACUGGUCGCCGGAUCCACUGGACUUUCCAUUGUCCCACAGGACGGGAACGAGAACGAGGCC